CACACACACAGGAUACCAGAUGGCGUCCAUUUUUGUUUAUAUCAAUACUCUAAACACUUAUUCAAAGACUCAGUUAUAGAUUGUAGUGACUAAAGUAAAAAAAUAAAAUAAUGGAGAAAUUAUCAAAUCCUCAAAUGAUUUGUCACAUUGAAAAAUCUGUUGAUUAUUCUUUGUUCGAUGCAAAAUGGAUCCCAUGCAGUGCGAAGUUUGUGGUUAUGGGCUCACGAGCUCGCGGUACCGGCAUUAUACAAAUUUAUGAAGUAUCAAGCGGUGAAUUGAAACACAUUAAGGAUAUUGAACGUUCUAAUCCAGUUAAAUGUGGAACGUUUAAUGCUUCGAGUUUACGAGACAGGCAUUUAGCAGUUGGCGAUUUCAAGGGCAAACUUAAUAUAUAUGAUUUGGAAGACCCUUCAAUACCACUUUAUACAACUGUUGCUCACAACGAUAUAAUAAAUGCUAUUUCUGGUGUAGCUGGUUACAGCAUUGGUCGCGGUGCUCCAGAAUUAGUAACAGGAUCACGAGAUGGUAGCGUUAAGGUAUGGGAUCCAAGACAAAAGAAUAGACCGGUAGCUAUUAUGGAACCUAAAGAAGGAGAAACUCGUAGAGAUUGUUGGACAGUUGCCUUUGGUAAUUCUUACAACUCAGAAGAAAGAGCUAUCGCAGCUGGUUAUGACAAUGGGGAUGUGAAAAUGUUUGAUUUGAGAGCGAUGUCUCUUAAAUGGGAAAGUAAUCUUAAGAAUGGCGUUUGUAGUAUCGAAUACGAUAGGAAUGAUAUUCCUAUGAACAAAUUAGUCGCUACCACUCUUGAGGGUAAAUUUUAUUUAUUCGACUUGAAAACCCAACAUCCAAAGAAAGGUUUUACUUAUUUAGUUGAAAAGGCGCAUAAAUCAACUGUAUGGAUGGUCAAACAUUUACCACAAAAUCGAGAAAUAUUUGCAACAGGCGGUGGAGAUGGUACGCUAUGCCUUUGGAAAUAUAAUUAUCCAGAGAAACGAAAGCAAACCAAUACAGAUGGUAUAGAGCAAGGCAUUAUUGGAAGUGUAAGCCUACUUCAGAACAAUUCCAUUUCAACUCAACCGAUAAGUGCUUUGGAUUGGAGUCCAGAUAAACAAGGAUUAGCUGUUUGUACAUCAUUCGAUCAAUGUUUACGAAUUAUUAUAACGACUAAACUUAAUCUCAUAUAAAAUAAAUAUAAAAGUUCAUAAUAAAAAGUAAUAAUUUACAAAUAACGAUCAUAUAAUGAUAAUUACCAAAAAGAA